AGUUACUCUAGUAUCCUCGCAGUUCCUACCCUUUCGCGAGGGGGAGACGGUUUUUUUGCUUAUACCUUUCUCGCUAUUGUCAUCGUUAGAUUUGGACAUAUUCUAUAUCUAUGGUUUCUUUACCGGUAGUCGCUCCUUAGCGAUGAACAUCACCCUAUGCGGAGAUUGUUUCCACGUUGUCCAUGAUGGCCGCCUCCCGUCUUGAGCCUCCCCAGACCACUCAUCCCGGCAUCUCCGCCGAUUCCACCUCGUCCGAUGCUGGAUAUACGCCGUCUACGAGCUCAUUCGAGCCCUCCGAUCCUCAAUUCACACCCGAAGCUAGCGGCACAGACGAAGGAAGUCCGCCUACUCGCCCGCAACCUGGGUCCGCCGAGCUCCCGAAGCUACAAACUAAUCUUGGCAGCGAUGUCGAGGCCGAAUUACCAGACGAGACAGAGAGAUUCUUGUCUAGGGAGAAUGAGGAAUUCGAAGGCAAUGAUGAAGGUUACGAUUCCGACAAGUAUUUGAAGCCUUCUCCUCGACGAAAAACAUCAGGGAUAGGAGCCAGCUACACUCCAGAGGAAGAGCGCGAUGUUGUCAAACGAUUGGAUAAACGCUUGGUCUUGUUCCUGGCAUUCUUAUACUUGCUUUCGUUUUUAGAUCGAUCAAAUAUUGGCAAUGCCAAAAUUGCAGGACUUUCUGACGAUCUAAGGUUAUCAUCUUCACAAUAUGAGUGGCUCCUUACGGCUUUCUAUAUUACCUAUAUCUGCUUUGAAUGGAUGACUUUAAUGUAUAAAGUCGUCCCAGCGCAUAUCUACAUUCCAAUAUGCGUCUUCUCGUGGGGCUUGAUUGCAUCUUGUCAGGCGUUGGCGACAUCAUUCUGGAUUAUGGUCUUGCUACGGGCAUUACUUGGUAUCUCCGAAGCAGGAUUUGGCCCUGGUGUGCCAUUCUACCUAUCACUCUUUUAUAAACGCGAAGAGCUUGCAUAUCGAACUGGUCUUUUUAUAUCUGCGGCGCCUUUGGCUACCUCGUUCGCGAGCAGUCUUGCGUGGUUGAUCAUUAAGCUGAGCAGUCAUGCUCCUAUUGCACCAUGGCGCUCGCUUUUUCUUAUUGAAGGGUUCCCGAGUGUGGUGGUCGCAAUAUUUGCUUGGAUGUUAAUUCCUGAUUCGCCUGGCAAAGCCAAGUUUUUGACGGCGCGGCAACGAAAAGUUGCAAAAAUACGACUACAGGGAACCAAAAUAGAACGGCAUGAGUCUUCGGAUGAGAAAUUUAAUUGGAAGGCAGUGCGUGAGACGCUUUGUGAUCCUAUGUCAUAUCUCGUCGCCUUAAUGUUUCUAGGCUGCAACGUUGCUUUCAGCUCAAUGCCUGUUUUCUUACCUACAAUUAUCAAAAAUAUGGGAUAUUCUCCUCUAGCCUCCCAAGUACUUUCAGCACCACCAUUUUUAGUCGCCUUUGUGGUAGUACUAAUCACUGCCUCACUCUCCGACCGCAGUCGUAGCCGAAGCCCAUAUUUGAUCUUCCACGCACUCAUUUCCGCAGCUGCGUAUCUCGUCAUUGGACUGACAGGGUACUUUCACUCGCAUUUUCCGAAAUCUCUUGACACUGUUAUCCGAUAUAUUUGUAUAUACCCCGCCACUUCUGGCUUCUUUUCCGCUAUUACUAUUAUCAUUACCUGGAGCAUGGACAACCGAGUUGCCCAUGAGGGUAAGGGCAGUAGCGUCGCCAUUCUCAACGUUGUUGGACAAUUUGGGCCUCUUAUCGGCACCAGACUGUAUCCUGACAGUGACGGACCUUUAUAUGUUAGCGGAAUGCUUACUUGCUCCGUGUUCAUGCUGUUCGUUGCCAGUUUGGCCUUCUCACUACGGCUUAUUCUCGCCCGGAGGAACCGCAAGGCUGGCGAGGAAGAGGAUAAAAUGGGGAUUGAAAUGGCUGAAGGAGAAGGACUUAUCAGUGAUGAGUCCCAGCUGCCAGCACAAUCCCAGAGAUUUACAUAUAUCAUUUAAUUAGCCAGCCAUCCACAUAUUAUUUCUAAUUAGCCAUGGAAUGAUAUCAAAGUGUGGGCCCAACUAGCCCAAAUUCCAAGACAGCUACCGCUACAAAGAACCACAAUACAAAUCAAAGCGAGGAAAGCAAGAAGCUGCUAUUUAUGCAUUCGGAAUAUCCCUUAUAAGCAGCCAAUUUUGAGCGUCAGCCCGCUACAAGCAUAGUAAAUCCCGAGCUUCUCAUUGGUGGGGUACUUUCCGGGGCAGCAUUUAUGCAGGUUUCUCUGCAUGCACCAGAAUCAAAGCCUCUAAUUAUGUUUUUAUGUUUGUUUGUAGAAGCGACGACUACAAGAUCUAUAAGCCGUCGCUAAUCCUUCUAGCCAAGAGUAAAUCAAUUCGUUUCUAUGACGUAUGUAAACAUGAUCUUCUGACCCAAAGAUCUGUUAGAUUGACCGUUAUGUCAGCCUGCCUUGUGGUUUAUUAUGAUUUGCACCGAUUUACUAUCGAAUAAUUGAACUUG